AUGAACUUUUUGUUCAAGUCUAUAUCGAACUUCCAAUUCCCUUAUACACUAGACCAGUCUCCUGUACUUUCUACUCCACUAUGGGAAGCUACUAAUGGUACCAAAAAAGCGGAUUCUACCCCAGUUACCGUCUUCACGUAUUGCAAACAAAAGGAUAACGCCAUAAUAGACGCAUUAACUUCCAAUGCUGUUCACAAUGCAAAAAUAUUGAAGCUCCCUGGAUUAGUUCGUGUCUUGGAUGUGAUUGAUUCUGACCCAGCUAAUAUCUACGUGGUUACUGAAAGGGUUCAUCCAUUGGACGUUGAAGGCUUAAGUAUUGAUGCAUUGAGCUUGGGCGUUUUUCAAAUUAGUGAAACCUUGAAUCUUCUUCACGGCCAAGCAAAAGUUAUUCUGGGUACAUUAUGUCCAGGCACAAUAUUCACCAAUAAAAGAGGUGAAUGGUGUUUAUUUGGAUUAGAGCUAUGCUCCAAGAUGGCCGAUCCGAAUCACUUGAAUCAGUACUCUGCUUCCUAUUCAGAACUUGUAAAAGGCUCUGGUCUUGAUAUUGAACCAUCGGCCGCUGCUCAGGUAGACUCAAUUUUACUCGCCAGACUAAUUAAACAGUUUUACCAAAGAGUUCCCUCCGAAUGGAAUACCUUAGUCUCUGGACUUUCACAAGGAAGGAUCACCAUUCCUCAGUUUUGCACAAGAGUGGAAUCCACGAAACCCUUUAACUCUACAUUAAUUUCUAUUUAUGAAGAGCUGAAAGAGCUACAAAUCAAGGAUCCCCAAGGAAAGGUAGUCGUAAUGUCAGAUCUACAGAGGCAAAUACUUGAAGAUGCAAGCGUUCUGAAAAAUGCUACAAAAGGUUUUGUGGAUGGCCUUCUAAUCCCAGAAUUUGCUCAAUGCAUAUCAACGAUUAUUAGCACACAGAAGACACAACCUAUGUCUACUGGUUUUGCUAGCAUUGUCCCUUUCGUGGCUACUAUUUUCGAACUUACGUGCACAAAAAAUCCCAUUUCUGAUGAUGAGUCGACAUUUAAUAAGUACGUGAAACCACUGAUAUUUGAGAAUUUCAAAAUAUCUGAUAGACAGUUAAGAUUUCUUCUAUUAGUAUACUUCCCAUCAUACAUUCCUAGACUAACAAAUAAUGACGUGGUUGAACGUAUAUUUCCACCAUUUGUUCAAGGGUUGGCAGACACUGAUAGCACCAUAAGAAUCCAGACCCUAAAACGCGUACCCGAUAUCAUCUCCAUGAUCACGGAGCGUCAACUUAAUAAUGAUCUUCUACGUCAUUUGGCCAAAACUCAAAUGGAUCCCAACGAAGAUAUUAGAACUUGGACAAUCUUGGUUAUAUCUAAACUGUCCAAAAAGUUGUCCCAAUCAAGCAACAGGUCCGGAAUUUUAUCGACUGCCUUUACAAAAUCCCUGAAAGACCCUGCUGUAAAGCCUCGACUAGCUGCAUUGUACGGUCUUGAAGACUCACUAGAUUUAUUUGAUGUUCAAACUAUAGCCAACAAAGUUCUCACAGUAAUCGGUCCAGGAUUGUUGGAUAAAAACGCUCAAGUUAGAUCAAAAGCAAGAAGCCUAUUCAAAGUAUACUUAUCUAAGCUGGAAAACGAAGCAGACCAGAUCCCCACCGAUCAUGCAGAAGAUGUAGAAUUAAAUUUCCAGGCGGAUAUAGCUGAUGACAAUGAUGAUCUGGCUAAAGGAUUUUUAGAAAAUCUCAGAAUUUCACCCCAACCACUAAGCAUCACCCCCACGGAUGGAAAUACGACGCAGAAUAUUGAAAAUACAGCGGACAGUUGGAAUGACAGCGUUAUUGAUGAAUGGGAUGCUGAAGACGACUGGAGCAACAAUUCCGAGGAGCCUAGCAAAGGAAACGCUCCACUAGUUACAAAAAUGAACAGUACCAAGUCCAAAGUGGUCCAAAGCAUAAGUGGAAAUAAGAGAUCGAAUACAAAAACAGCAUUUGGAAAGACGCUCACAACAAAGGUGAAAGUUAAUAAAUCUUGGAACGAUGAUUUAAAUGAUGAUGAAUGGGAUGAUUCUUGGGCAGAGGCUAAUGACACAAAGACUAGUUCAAAGGUAAAUGCGGGGAAAAUGAAAAAGUCUAACACAGAGAGCUUCUCAUCAGCUAGUAUAAAGAAACCUAGCACAACAAAUGACGUUUUUGAACAGCUAGCCGACGAAAUUGAAGAGGAUGAUUGGGGAAACGAUUGGUAA